CCGUUAGAUCCAACGGCCACAAUUUCCUCAAAAUUAAAAUUCAAGAAAGCUGCCUCUGAAACUGAUGAAAGUUGCCCAAUUCAAUUCCUCUGUCGAAUGAAACGAACAAGAAAGGAAGACAUAUCUGAAGCAGUAGUAAGUACACAAAUUAUAUAUUUAGCGGCUUCAUCUCCAAAUCCGAAGUUUAUAUCGCAUCAGCGAGUUCAAUUAAGUCGAAGGUAGUGAGUGAUUCUUGAGUUACCUCCUCUGAUCUUUCACAUUUUGAUACUUCUAGGGCUAAAAAUGCCACCUGGGUCUGCCCUCACGCUUCAUUCGGAUAGCGAUGAAGAUAAAAAGCGUUUAAUGGCGUUGAGUAUAACGGACUUGAUUUCGAUUUUGCGAACUGCGUAUCAGACGGUGGAUUAUGAUCGGGUGGAGGACGUAUUGAUUGCUAAGGAAACCAAACUUAAGACCGAGAUUGGGGUACUCAGCGGGCAAUUAGAGAUGGAGAGGUCAGAGAGGAUGAAUGUUGAAGAGCAAUUGAAGGCAUACAAGGAGCAAUGUGAGAAGGGAAAGAAAGCUGAAGAGAGAUAUGAGAGGCUGUUGGAAGCCGUGAAGAAGAAUAAUAGCUUGGACGAUGGAAACAGCAUUACUGAGCUGAGGAUGAUGAACCGUAAAUUGGAGGACGAAAAUUGUAGGGCUGAAUCUGAGGCGGAAUCGUGGAAGAGGAAAUGUGAGGAGUUGAAUCGGCGGCUUUUGAUGGUCGAGAAAGGUGCGAGAUCGUUCGUGAAUGAAGAUACCCGUGUUGAAAUGGGGGGAAACGCCGAGGAUCGUUCUGGAGUUGGAAGAAACAAUGAUCCAGGGAUUUCUACUGAAGCAAUAGACGAAAUGGAAUUGGAAAUGAAUGAAGUUGUUGCACGAGAACAAGAUUAUGCAAAUGCCGCAGCAGACUCCUCUCCUUUGCAGAGAAUUUUGACGUCAGAUGUAGAGAAUGCCCAGCUAGAAACAGAGGAUACACAAUCAGAUACAGAGGAUGAACAAGAUGAUGAAUAUGCAAGGCAACACCGCGAGGCUUACUACCAACGUGGAGGCUGGCAUGUUGAGGUGCAAGAUUCAUCUGGAAAGUCAUAUUGGCGCAAUAUGUUUGAGAGGGAUGUAUGGCUGCUCCCAAAGGGAGACCGAGUUAUGGUUCAUUUUAAUGAAUAUGGCCAGCCAGAUGAUAAUGGAGGCGGGUUGUUGGGACAAUUCCUAUCGAAUAUAGCAAUAAAUCCUAAAAUUUGCCCCAUCAGGUAUCCUAGGUGGACCAAGUUCCUAGCUAAAUUGAAGAAUGAUCUUUUUAGAGAUAUUAUUCAGGCUCACUUUGUGGUCACUGAAGAGCACAAAAAGUACUGCAUGACGAAAUUGGGGCAUAGAUGGAGGCAAGGAAGAUUAAAUUUGUAUAAUGGGUUGCAAGAUGGAACGAAGACAAAGGAGGAGCUACUAAAGAAGGUCCCUAGCCAAGUUCCGUUUGAAGAUUGGAAAAAAUACGUCGAGUAUCGUAUGGACCCAAAAACUCAAGAGCUUGCUAAAACCAAUAAGAGGAACAGGGCGCAGCAAACCAUCCACCACACUGGAGGAUCAAAGACUCAUGCGAGGAAGAAGGCGGAGAUGGAGGCACAACAUCGAAGAAAGAUAAAUCGUACUGAGCUAUGGAUUGAAGUGAAUAAGCACAAAGAUGGGACAGUCUCUCCAUCUGUUCAGGCUAUAAUUGAUAAGAUUGUUGAAAAGCAAUCUCAGAUGGGAUCCGCUAAUGAAAUUAUUAAUUAUGGGCAAGAUGAUGUUUUAACAGAAGCCUUGGGAGUCCCAGAACGCCCUGGACGAGUCCGGGCUUUGGGGCUGGGGCCGACCCCGACCCAGGUGUUUACUGGCUUUGGUUCACGCUAUUCAAGAACCGCAAAAGUGGAGCAAUUGGAAGAGCACUUACGACAAUCAAAUGAGAAAGUAACUUCACUGGAGCGAGAGAUAGAGGAAUUAAGGGCAUUGAAAUCAAAGCUCCCACAACUCACGAAGAAUCAACAGAGUUCUACUCAUCUGACACUUUAGUAUGUUGCUUUUCAAUCUAAAUUUGUUUGUUUGUUUAUAAUCGUAUUGUGUAGAGUUUAUUCCGACAUUGCAGCACAAACCAUGUUGAUGCAUGUUUAGUUUUUCAAUUUUUGUGGGAACAAAUGAAUUGAGCUUGCUUGA